AUGCCAGCAAGGUCACUCUACGGCUAUACAAUGCCAGCAAGGUCACUCUACGGCUAUACAAUGCCAUCAAGGUCACUCUACGGCUAUACAAUGCCAGAAAGGUCACUCUACGGCUAUACAAUGCCAGCAAGGUCACUCUACGGCUAUACAAUGCCAGCAAGGUCACUCUACGGCUAUACAAUGCCAGCAAGGUCACUCUACGGCUAUACAAUGCCAGCAAGGUCACUCUACGGCUAUACAAUGCCAGCAAGGUCACUCUACGGCUAUACAAUGCCAGCAAGGUCACUCUACGGCUAUACAAUGCCAGCAAGGUCACUCUACGGCUAUACAAUGCUAGCAAGGUCACUCUACGGCUAUGCAAUGCCGCAUCAACAGACCAUCGAACUCUUGGGCAACCCCGCAAUUGUUGGACAAAGAAUAUGCCACCUAUUAAUAUUUUGA